AGCAAAAUGUAUCAAAUUCCAGUGAAGAACCUGACAAAACUAAGACGUCCAAGGAAACGCGUCAAAAGUAUUUUGUGUGACAUCGGGAUGCAGCAGUGUCAAGAUUUAUUGGAGACAUACAAAUGUUUUGAUGCUGGUAAUGCAAGUUUUGACAACACUGAGUGGGAUGAUUUUACUGAUGGUCAUGUUGGCAAAAAGAAAAAAAAGUAUCCAUACCGGAGCCAAGCUCUGUGCUGCAGUCUGUGUUGGUACUCCAGCCGGUCAAUACCCACAUUCAGAAGUCACAUCCAUCGCUGUCACUGGAAUGAUCUGGAUGUGGCCUGUUUGUUAAUAUGCCCCUACUGCCCAUUUGUCAGCUCUCCGAAAGUCACAGAGCAACACAUUCAGUUUUUCCACAUGCUGCCAUCAAAAACCCAUCGUAUACCUCUUCUCAGCAACCCUAGCCACACUUUGGCCCACACACCAAAAACCGUGUCAGUUACAGUUUCUGCUGAUGCUGCCGAUGACAGAUACACGUGCGCAACCUGCGGCUAUCAUGACUCUUUACUAUAUGUGAUGAAGAAACACGUCUUGGUAAACCACUAUGCUGCGAUGCUGGAUCGCUACUUUGGGCUCGGCUCGGACAGUAAGCAAAAGACUGACACAUCAGUGAAAUAUCACUGCAAAGUGUGCAAACUGCCUGCAGAGACUAUUGAACAUUUACUCUACCACAUUUUGAGUUCAGAGAAGCACAAAGACCUGCACUGGCAAAUAAUGCCUUGUAUAAUCGAAAAAGACUGCACAAACCAAAUGGCCGGACUACAGAAUCUGCUGAACCUCGCACCAAAAGCAAUGCAACAGGUCACGUUGCUCGCAAGGCCGAACUAUGUGCCACAGCAGAUGCAACAAACAAAUGGAAACGGUACUGUUCUUCUGGCCGGCCCAAGCAACACGACUGCUUUGUUUUGCUCUCCUGGUGCAGGGCAGAUGUUUCUGUCCCCACAAACGCAAGCUUUACUGUCGGGCACGACUGUUGCCGCGCUUCAGAACGCACAACAUCCACAGUCCCCCAGUGGGAUGCCGCAAGUCCUGCCUACCUCUCCAGUAGUGAAGCCGAUUAAUAUGAUGAUGCCAAACAUGCCGCAAGGCGCACCCAAGACGGUACCUAUCACUAUGGCCAUGCCCAGGCUACCACAGACCCAUCAAGCACAGCAGGUUCUUUUUCCGCCUGGCGUUCAGGUCAACCUCCAAGGUGAAAUGGGUGUACAGUCACCAUUUCUUGUUACUCAAGGUCUUCAGCUGAACCAGUCGGUUCCCAGAGCUCCCCUCAUAGCCUCGCAGUCCGUGCGUCUCAUUCCCACAGGCAACAACGUCAACGGUGUCCCAACCUACACUCUAGCGCCUGUUCAAGUCGCGGUUCCUGUCCACGGUGGUCCCGCUCAAGUGGUUCUAACGCAAAACCAGAUCAGCCAACCUACAAAUUCAGCUGUGGUGCACAAGGGUCUCAUGCCUACAAUUCAGAGGGCGAUAAACAGAAAUUCUGUGCCGAAUGAGUUGGCUGUUCUUGCGCCGUUUUUGAAGAAACAUGACGAUCACACUGUCAAGUGCCUGAGGUGCAAGAUUUUACUGACAGAGCAGGGGAUUUUCCAGCAUUUGUUGCAUGGCUUGAAGUGUCUUUUCUGCUCUCAGAUGUUCUACUCUUUCAAGCAGAUCUUGGAGCACACCAAUAAAGAGCACAGUUUGAAAAUCAAGGAAAAUCGGCAUUUCAUUAAAGAACAGUUUAGUCUCAACUGUGACGACGAGGGCAACCUCAUGUUUAACACUUUUAAUCUAAACACAGAUGUGCCCAAAGAUCUUCUUGACAACCGAGAGCUCAACCUUGCACUGGUUACCAGCUCUCAAGAUAAGCUAUACAUAAAAAUGUAUCCAGACAAGGCAGAAUACUCAACCACGUUGAAAACGACACCUAUCGCCUGCCCGUUUUGCCAAGUAAAGCUCCAGAACUCUGAGGAAUAUGAGCGUCAUCUUCAAACAAAACACCACGUCGUUCCCACCAUUCAUGCAAUACUAAAAACGCCUGCAUACAAAUGCACAUAUUGCUUUGGGGUGUAUACUGAAAAAUCGACACCGAAAACUAUCUCCGUUCACGUGCAACGGUGCCGUUGUGCUCCCAAAGCUGUCAAGGAAGCAGAGAGGCAACUGAAUCCAGAUACAACGGACCGUGAUGAUGGUGAUUUAUGUAAUUCUCCUCAGAUGGCCAGUUCUUCAGACGUGGCCUGUCAGGGGGGCCUUGAAUUUGUCAAGCCAAAGAGAGAAGUAAUCAUUCCGAAGAACAGGAGACGGAACUCAAAAGUUCCAAAGGUAGAAGUCCCUGAAACUCCAGUUAAGCUCGUCUUGGAACCAACGGGAAUGGAGAUGACAUCGUUCGAGGACAGGAAAGACUUCCUUUCGCAGUACUUCCACAGGAAGCCAUACGUGGCAAAGACUGAAAUCGAACUGCUAGCUUCCCGUUUGUGGAUAAACAAGGCUGACGUAAAGGCACACUUUAACAGCAAGCUCACCAAAUGCUUGAAAGCAAUUCAGAAGAAGAGGGUUUGUGUACAUCUCGGGUUCAAAAUGAUUGAAGUGAACAAGUUGAAGCACAAUCUCUUCAUUCCAGAAGUAAAGCCUGUUAAAAAAAAAUUAUUGAAUGAGGUGAAACAUGGUGGCCUCGUUCCACAGGUAACAGUUAAAAAAGAGGAUGUGAAUAAAAUGGAAGAUGGUCUCUUCAUUCCAGGGAUAACUGUUAAACAAGAGGAUGUAAGUGAAAUGGAGCAUGGUGUCUUCAUCCCAGAGGUACGGCCUCUGUAAAAAUGGAUAAACUGUUUAUUAGAUGAAUUAUGUUUGUAUGCAGCAUGUUCACACUAGGAUGGAAACCAUUGCAAAGUGUUUAUUUAAAAUUACUCGAUUUACACAUUUAUAAGAUGGUUUGCCUCUUGGCAUUAGUAUAUUUGGAAAAGGGGAACCUACAGCAAUGCUGAAAAGACUCUACACUCUGUUUUUGUAUUUUUGUUGUGUAUAGUUCAUAUGAUGACAUUAAAAAGUUUUUUUUUUUUAUUGCAAGAAAAAAACACUCAAUUUAAGUAAUACUUUCUUCUUUUUGUGGACACUUGUAAUAUACAUUUGGGGACAUCUGUAGUGAAAUAGUUCUGCAUCUAACGUUUUAUAUUUCAACUGUACAGAAAAUGAAGAUUUGGUUAAUUAUUACUACUAACUGGCAAAUUAGGCUGCAUUUCAUAGCUGUAACACAGAAAGGGUCAUUUUAUGGUGUUUUCAUGUUUUUGCGCUUCAUAUACACUGUAAUAAUUUCAGACAUGUGAAAAAAGACAAGUGCCUCUGUGUCCUAUUUAAAGUUUGCAGUUGUAUUUUGCCUCUUGGAAUAAACGUGACUA